UGAGGGCGCAGCAGCCAGACAGUCUCGCACAGUCAGCGAUCGUGUUCAGUAGUUCAUCUCGUUCAUCUCAGUUGGAAGAGGAAAUAAGCGAAGAAGCCAAGAUGUCACGUUCCUUUUUGAUGGAUUCCCUACUCAGCGACAGGCCCAACUUGAGCCAGAAGAAGGAUAAGCUGGGAUCGCCAGGAGGAAGUCCUGCGGCUGCUGCUGCAGUGGCCGCAGCUGCCAUGUUACCAUCGAUACCCAUGCUGCCCUACCCGGCCAGCUAUGUGGGCAGCUAUCUCUUCUCCUUGGGCAUCCAGCAGCAGCAGCAGCAACAACAGCAGCAGCAGCAGCAACAGCACGCAGCAGCGGCGGCCGCAGCAGCAGCAGCAGCAGCAGCUGCCUUGCAACAACAUCCACAUGUCAGCUCGAGUCCUGGUUCUCUCUACCAUCCAUACGCGCAGCUUUUCGCCAGCAAGAGGAAGUCCAGCGGAUUCAGCAACUACGAAGGCUGUUAUCCUUCGCCACCGCUCUCGGCCAAUCCCAACUCGCAGCAAUUGCCGCCAUUGCACAACCUCUACGGAUCUCCAGUUGUGAGCGGAUUACCCUUGCCGGAACCUGGCAGCUUUUGCACCUCACCAUCCGCCUCGUCAUCCGCCUCCUUGGAUUACACCAAUAACUUUGAUGAGCCGCAGGGCAAGCGAUUCAAGCACGAGUCCUCCUGCUCGCCAAACAGCUCACCGCUGAAGAGCCACUCCGCGGCAGGUCCAGCCGAGAUCACGCCCUUGAUCAACGACUAUGCCGACUCCAGCAAAAGGAUUCGCACUGCCUUCACCAGCACCCAGCUGCUGGAACUCGAGCGGGAAUUCUCGCACAACGCCUACCUUUCCCGCCUGCGCCGCAUCGAAAUCGCCAACAGAUUGCGCCUCUCCGAGAAGCAGGUGAAGAUCUGGUUCCAGAAUCGACGUGUCAAGCAGAAGAAGGGCGGCUCCGAAAGUCCCACCUUCAAUCUCUCGACCAACUCCAAUGGAAGUCCCCAAGCAUCGCCAGCGUCGCCCACAGUCAAAGUCCACGAAUUGAAAGUUGAGGCGUAGGAUCAGCUAGUAUAAGAAUUAUGUAAUUGUACAGUAGA